AUGUCGGACGCCACCUCACCUUAUUUCCCUCAUUUCCUUUGGCAGUUCUGGCUGUCCCAUGUGGGAACCGGUAAACCUUCAAACAAACAACGCAUUCACAUAUACGAUGUUUAUGAUAACGAAUUAAACGAAGCAUACGAGAUACCAAAUAGCGAUAGGACCAUAUUUCAAGACUUCAACCCCGGCUUUCUUGAUGUCGAGACUCAGAAAAUCUUCAAAGAAGCCGAGCAAAGCUUUGUGAGGCUUGAGUCUGAUGCUCAGUCAGUGGUGUCUGAUCUUCUGGACCGAACUGUGUGGAGUGAGGAAAACGCCAAGAGAUCCAUACCAUUCAAUCGACGGGAUGUCGAGACCUUGCGCAAAUACUUUGUCUUUCUUCGUUUCCGCAACAGCACAGCGUACCGCCAGAUGGUUGUCACCCUUGAUAAAUCGAGCUACGAGGAGCCCAAAGACGGACAUAUUUUCAAUGCUUAUAGACCGCUUAUCGUCCAGCUCCGCAAGCGAUACAUUUUGCGUGGAUUCAUUGACUUCUUGGAACAUUCUUGGGCGGAUGGGGUGAUACGAUCGCGUUCAGACCAACGGUUGCCUUCAGGGUGGUCUGUGAAUACUUUUCAAGAUGUAAUGAACCUCUAUUGCUGGCGUUUAUGCGAAGCAGAGGUCUGCGUUGGCAUUGCUUGCGAGGACCAGGAGUUCAUGCUUGCAGAUUGCUGUUUCGGCAGUCUAGAUGAGGGGUUCGACGAGGAUCCGGAGUGUUGUGAUCUCUUUUUCCCCGUCUUCCCGACCGUUGCUCUUUACAUUCUCGGCACGGCAAAUGAACACUAUUCAUCAAUUUCCACCUAUCGUCAGACUAGCCGAUCAACGAUCUGGAUAGACGUUGGUUUGGAAUCUCCGUCAGACGUCCAUCUCCGGAAUGCCAUGAUCCUCCAAACCUACCCACACUUUCUUUACUUCUCUUCCCUCCGGACUGUUGCACUUUCCAUAUCAUCGUACGACGAGUUCCGGUGGAUCCAAGAGCAUCAGGACUAUAGCCGAUUGAAGCAACGAUGUCGACAAAAGUUUUUGCAGGAGACAGUCACCAAGACUUUGGUCGUGAAAGGGUCUGUGAUCUUGACUGAUCUUACCGAUGAAGUUGUGAAGGGAGAGGCGGCUGUCGCUCAUGGAACAUUCUCUGACGUAUGGAAAGGAAUUUGGAACGAUCCAAUUGAGAGACGCCCACGGCCGGUUGCAAUCAAGGUCCUGCGUAAAGUCAUGGUACAAAAUGUUCGAGAGAAGCUCAUCAAGCGACUCCAAUCCGAGGUUAUUGCUUGGCAUCGUCUAUGUCAUCGCAAUGUGUCGCAGCUUUUUGGGAUAGUGCAUCUUUCACAGAGCAUUGGCAUGGUAUCGCCUUGGUGCGAACAUGGGACGCUUUGUAACUAUCUGGAGCAUUUCCCGAGCGUGAAUCGAAUAAGACUUCUUGCCCAGGUGGCUUCUGCCAUUGCGUAUCUCCAUACAUUCAGGCCCACCAUCGUCCAUGGGGACUUGAAAGGAGGAAACAUUCUGAUCGAUGAGCAUGGGUAUGCCAUCAUCACCGACUUUGGGCUCUCCAAGGUGAUCGAGGAAAUGUCCGAGACCACCAGCAAGGGCACUUCUUUCUUUGCCGGGUCAACUAGGUGGAUGGCGCCAGAGCUUAUUAUGGCACUGGUAAAAGACGAUGGGCAAGUUCCUCCCAUUACUACGUUUAGUGAUGUAUAUGCAUUCGCUUCUGUGUGCCUUGAGGUGGCAAGUGGACAGCUUCCCUACCCGCACAGAACAAAUGACCAUGCUGUAACUGUGGAUAUCAUUCGAGGAGUCAAACCUGUAAGGGGAGCUCAUUGCCUGGUUCAAGUUAAGGACGUGGAUGUCUUUUGGACUACUCUGGACCGCUGUUGGAACUCAAUUGAUUAUCUCCGCCCUAGCAUGCGUGAGAUGCUCAUGCUAUUGGAAGAGAUGGAUCCAAAGCGAUACCCCAUCGUUCCUGCUCUAGAUUGUGUCGAGUUCUUUUGA